AUGGCCUCGAAGCAAGCGAAUCGACAAGCUAUCACUCUCAAGGGCUCGACCGCUCUGGUAACUGAGUUCUUCAAAUAUGCUGUGAACACUAUCCUAUUCCAACGCGAAGUGUAUCCAUCAGACGACUUUCAUAUGGUCAAGAAGUACGGGCAAACGGUGCUGGUCACCCAAGAUCUCGCCCUUGAGAACUACCUUGAGAGAAUCUUGAAGCAAGUCCAGAAAUGGAUCCUGACUGGGUCCGUCAAUCAGCUUGUGCUGGCCAUCAUCUCCAAAGACACACGGCUACCACUGGAACGGUGGGUAUUUGACAUCAUGUUGGUUGAGCCGGCAGCGGAGGGAGCAGAACCAAGAGCGCCCAAGCCUGAGGCCGAGAUCCAAUCAGAAAUCCGCGCUAUCCUGAAGCAAAUUAUCUCGAUGGUGACCUACCUGCCCGUCAUUCACGAGCCUACCGUGUUCAACAUCCUGGCAUACACAUCGGAGAGCGCUGAUGUACCUGUUGGGGAGUGGGUUGACACGGACCCUUUAGCGAUCGAGGCGAGCAAGAGCCAGCAGGUUAAGAUGAGGAGCUUUAGUACGGAUGUGCACCGGAUCGAAGCCAUGGUUGCGUAUCGCUACGAAGAGUAG